AUGUCUGCUGCGGCUUGUAUCUUUUGCAAAAUCAUCCGUGGCGAAAUCCCCUCCUUCAAGCUCCUCGAAACCGACAAAAUCCUAGCAUUCCUCGAUAUCAAUCCUCUUUCUCGCGGACACGCUCUCCUAAUUCCCAAAACCCACGGCGAAAAGCUCCACGACGUGCCCGACGCAGAGCUCAGCGAGCUCCUCCCCGCCGCAAAGAGGCUCGCAUUAGCGGCCGGUGCAGUGGAGUACAACAUUCUGCAGAACAACGGACGUGGGGCGCAUCAGCUUGUCGAUCAUGUUCAUGUCCAUAUGAUUCCGAAGCCGAAUGCGAAGGAAGGGUUGGGGAUUGAGUGGCCGGCACAGGCUACUGACAUGGACGGGUUGAAGGCGCUGUUUGAGGAAUUGAAGGCGAAGAUUUAG